UCGCGAGAUCUCGGCCCCGCCCCGCCCCGCGCGCCUUGGCCCGCUCUCGCGAGAGCCGCGCCCUUUCUCUCCCUCGCGCACGCCGGCAAGAUGCCUUCCAGGCUCAGGAAGACCCGGAAGCUGAGAGGACACGUCAGCCACGGCCACGGCCGCGUGGGCAAACACAGGAAGCAUCCUGGAGGACGUGGUAAUGCCGGUGGUUUGCACCAUCACAGGAUUAACUUUGAUAAAUAUCACCCCGGUUACUUUGGGAAAGUGGGCAUGAGGCACUAUCACUUGAAGAGGAACCAGAAGUUCUGUCCCACUGUCAACCUGGACAAGCUGUGGACGCUGGUCAGCGAGCAGACCAGGCUCAACUACGCCAAGAACGAGGCCGGCCUGGCCCCGGUCAUCGACGUCGUGCGCUCGGGCUACUACAAAGUGCUGGGCAAGGGGAAGCUGCCCAAGCAGCCUGUCAUUGUGAAAGCCAAGUUCUUCAGCAGAAGAGCAGAGGAGAAGAUCAAAGAAGUUGGUGGUGCCUGUGUGCUUGUGGCAUAAAAGUUUUUGCUUUAUUCAAAUUUUUUGAAUAAACAACGCAUAAGAUGAGCUGGUUUACAGAA